GUCCUUUCACUGGCUCAUCUCAAAAUCCUCCUCGUCGACUCUUCAGUCAGUUAGUGACUUUGCAAACAUGAGGGGUGCUAGUUAUUUACUUUUCUUAGGAUUGGCCGUAGGAUGGGGAUCAGCGCAGUUUUAUAACAAUAGGCCGUACCCUACGUAUAGUCUGGAGUCGAUGCCCGACACCGAUUUUACAUGUAGGGAUAAGAUCCUUGGUGGUUACUAUGCCGAUUCGCAAGCGCAAUGCCAAAUGUUCCAUAUCUGCGUCAAAGUGUCCGGCGUUGGUGUGCAAGAUUUCCGUUUUCUGUGUCCAAAUGGGACGGCGUUCGACCAAGACCAUCAGAUCUGCGCCGAAUGGGACGACGUGGAUUGCGAUGCAACAACUUUGUACUACGCCAGUGACAACUUCGACCUUUACCGCCUCGGCUCAGGUUACGAAUCCAAGGCUGUCAAGUACGGUGAAGACGAGGAGACUUUCUCGUUGCAAAGGGCAGAGACCGGAGAUGCGAGAUUAAGCAGGGAGCAUCAGGCGCAAAGGGUCAACCAGCAGAAGGACUUCAGUAACAGGAAGUUCAAUAGCGGUGGCAGCGACAGAGAUAUCUUCAAGACUUCGAGCAGCUCGAACUUCUUCAAUAACAGGAACGGCGGCAAGGAGCUGGACGAAGAUGAAGAUGAUGGUAACGUGAACGCGAAUCAGAACAGGGAUAACGUGCAGAAGAGGAAGUUAAUCAGGAAGCAGAACAGGAGACCUCAAGAGCAAGAUUUCCAGAAGGCGCAAACGCAGAGACCUCAACAGCAACAGGAUUAUCAGAAGUCGCAAACGCAGAGGCCUCAGCAACAACAGGAUUACCAGAAGGCGCAAACGCAAAGACCUCAGCAACAACAGGAUUACCAGAAGACUCAGACGCAAAGACCUCAACAGCAACAAGAUUACCAGAAGGCUCAAACGCAGAGACCUCAACAGCAACAGGAUUACCAGAAGGCGCAAACGCAAAGACCUCAGCAGCAACAGGAUUUCCAAAAAACUCAAACUCAAAGACCUCAACAGCAAGAGAAUUAUCCUAAACAACAGGAUUACCAGAAAACGCAAACUCAAAGACCGCAACAACAGGAGAAUUACCCUAAACAACAGCAACAGGAUUUCCAGAAAACGCAAACGCAGAGACCUCAACAACAAGAGAACUAUUCCAGGCAGCAACAGCGUCAACAGCAGCAGGAUUUCCAGAAGUCUCAAACGCAGAAGCCUCAACCACAGGAAAAUUACCCUAAGCAACAACAGCGUCAACAACAGACAAGACCACAAGUACAACAACAGCAGCAACAAAGAAAUCAGAGACCUCAGCAAAACUUUGAUAGUCAAACAUCGAGACCGAGUCGUCCAACUGGUUUUGCCAAUAACUUUGCAGGAAGCAGUUACAUUCCAACAACAUCUCGUCCAACUUCCACCACAAACAAUAUCAAUGCCGAACAAUACACGACGGCCAUCAACAAUUUCCGUGCGAGGAACAGCCAACGUCGUCCAAAUCCCAACAGGCAACAGUACAACGAUGCCGACAACUUCAGGCAAACUCCGCAACAGAAUCCUUCUACAAGCUUCGCUGCUAGCACACCUGCACCUUUCCGACAGACCCAACAGUAUAAUAGAAAUCCAACCACUUCUGCUCCAAAAACUGCCGAAACUGAAAAUUACCCACCAAGCUUCAACAAGCAAAGUUUCUCCACCACACAACAGAAACCUUCUCCUUUCAAAGUCCAACCGCAAUCUGCUAAGCAAAGCUUUCCAACAACUCCAGUAGCUCAGAAUUCCAGUCCUGAUACCCAUUACGACAUUCCCAAAGUGAAACCAUCAAAGCAAACUGAGAAUUACCCUAAGGACAUCCAAGGUCCUACCACAUUUGCCCCGAAAACAAAUAGCUUCGCUUACACUCAAUCCACGCAAUUCAAUAAGCAGCAAGACUUUUCUAAAAUAAACACCAAACAGACGACUCCUCAAGCUCAAAGCACGCAAUUUACGAAUAAUAACAACCAAUUCAAUACUCCAGCUGCUCCUGGUCACAAUCGUCCCUUCGCCAAUCAAUUCAAUAGCCAGAAACAAACAACACAGUACACCCAACAAUCGAGCACUCCGAAAUCUACCACUCACACCCAAUACACCCCAACCGUACCUAAAGUGAGCUCGACAACUCCAAUAAGCAGAUCGAAUCGUUUCGAUGAGACCCAAUACGACGAUGGAUCGUACAGCUCGAAAUACGAUAACGAUGAGAACAACUCUAACAAAGAAGACGAGUUCUUGAAGACAGCUCACAGCCAGAACAUUGCGAGCAGCAGAAACGAGUACAUCAAGAACGCGCAGAAGACAACAGUUGCGACAACCACCCAGAAGCCAUUCUACAGCGAAUCCCCAAGACCGUUCUCCACCAACGCAAACACUCCAAGAGUCACCGAGUAUCCGAAGACCACGAAAACAGCGCCGAAACCGAUCGAAAAGAAACCAGAGAUUAAAGAGCAAAAACCGAAAUCCGAGAAGAACGUCAGCUACGAUUACGCUUAUUACGACAGCAACGUGGGUGGAGGAGAGCACGAAUACGACAUCGACACGGACUUCAAGAAGACGACAACGAAAUAGUUCGUUAACAAAAUUAAACAAAAAAAAAAGAAAAGUAAGCAUCGGGCUAAAACAAAACAACAACACGCCGAAAUGAUAAAAAAAAAGAUAUAUGUGCCUUUUAAGUUUACCACUUACAUUUAUAUAUACAGCUAGAAAAAAGGAUGAAAUUACAAGCAAAUAGUUUUGCAAUAUCCUAAUUCCCUUGUUUUGUUGUGAACUGUUU